AUGGCUAGGCAAGUACAUCCAUCGCAGCAAAAACUCGCUGAAAAAUUAUCCAUCCUCCACGACCGCGGACUGGGAAUGCUCACUCGCAUUUAUAACAUAAAGAAAGCUUGUGGAGAUGCAAAGUCGAAACCGACAUUUCUAUCUGAUAAAACUCUUGAAUCAUCUAUAAAAUAUAUAGUGCGGAGAUUUCCGAACAUCGACGUGAAAGGAUUGACUGUGAUUUCGUCUAUACAAAAUGAUAUAAUAAAAUCACUGUCUCUUUAUUACUACACUUUCGUCGAUUUACUAGAUUUUAAAGAUCACGUUUGCGAAUUGCUGACCGCAAUGGAUGCUUGCCAAGUGCACCUAAAUAUAAACCUAAAUUUUGAAUUGACAAAAGCUUAUUUAGAUUUGGUGACAAUGUAUGUGACUCUCAUGAUUUUAUUAUCCAGGGUCGAAGAUAGAAAAGCUGUUUUAGGUUUGUUCAAUGCUGCUCACGAAAUGAUUCAUCACCAAAAAGACCAGAGUUUUCCCAGGUUGGGAGAAAUGAUAAUAGACUAUGAUCCGCCUUUGAAAAAACUAUCAGAAGAAUUUGUUCCUCAUUCUAAAUUAUUGUUCACAGCAUUGAUGUCUUUGAAAAAUGUUUAUUUGAGUAGGAAUUUGUCUGCAGAUAAAUGGAGAUCAGAUCAAAAAUUAAGUAUCGUUGCAAAUCCCAAUCAAUUAUUAAAACCAUCUCAAACUGAUACAAUGUCUUGCGAAUAUUUGUCUAUGGAAAGUAUUGAAAAAUGGAUUGUUUUCGGAUUCAUGCUCGUUCAUCAAUCUUUGUCUCAGGAUGGACCAAGUAAAUUAUGGACAGGGGCUCUUGAAUCGAAUUGGGUAAUAACUUUAUUCAGAGAUGAAGUUUUAUAUAUACAUUCUUAUAUUCAAAGCUUUUUCGAUGGUAUUAAAGGCUAUGGGAAAAGGAUAUCGGAGGUGAAGGAUUGUUACAAUCAAGCAGUUCAGAAGGCAGGCUACAAUCACAGAGAGAGACGUAAAUUUUUAAGGACUACCCUAAAAGAACUGGGAUUGAUUUUAACUGAUCAACCUGGGCUCCUUGGGCCUAAAGCAUUAUUGAUUUUUAUAGGCUUGUGCUUUGCCAGAGAUGAAGUGUACUGGCUCCUGAGACACAAUGACAAUCCACCCCUUCAGAAAGGUAAAGGUAAAACAACAGAGGAUCUCGUCGAUCGUCAGUUGCCGGAAUUGCUCUUUCACAUGGAAGAAUUAAGAGUGCUCGUGAGAAAGUACAGCCAGGUGAUGCAGAGAUAUUAUGUUCAGUAUUUGGCAGGAUUCGACGCCAUCACGUUAAACCAAAAAAUUCAAAAUUUAAAAUUUUGCCCCGAGGAAGAGUACGUGAUUAUUUCUUCCUUGUGUAACGCCAUUGCCAAUCUUUCCGUGAAACAAGUUGAAGACAAUGAAAUUUUCAAUUUCGAAGGUUUGAGAUUGGAUUGGUUUAGAUUGCAAGCAUACACGUCGGUUGCAAAAUCUCAAUUGGUGCUCUCUGAAAAUCCAGAUUUGGCAUCUUUGCUAGACCAAACGUUGUUUCACAUCAAAAUGGUCGAUUACCUCGAUGAAAUGCUGGUCGAGACCUCCGAUCUAUCGAUAUUUUGUUUCUACAGUAAAAUAUUUGAAGAUCAAUUUCACAUGUGUUUAGAAUUUCCGGCUCAAAAUCGUUAUAUAAUCGCGUUUCCCCUCAUCUGUGGACAUUUUCAAAGUUGCACGCAUGAUUUGUGCCCUGAGGAAAGGCACCACAUCAGGGAAAGGAGCCUUUCCGUCGUGAACAUGUUUUUAGACGAAAUGGCCAAAGAAGCGAAAAACAUAAUAACGACGAUUUGCGAUGAACAAUGCACCAUGAGUGAUAAACUUUUGCCCAAACAUUGCGCUUUGUUAAUAUCACAAGUUGUGAAUAGGAAAAAAAAAGAUAAGAGCAAGAAAAACGCUCCCGAAAUCGUGAGGCCGGGAACUGAAAGUUUCAGAAAAACCAGAGAGGAUUUGACCACGAUGGAUAAGCUUCACAUGGCUCUGACCGAACUUUGCUUUGCCAUCAAUUACUGCGCGAGCAUAAACGUUUGGGAAUAUACUUUUGCUCCUAGGGAAUACCUUCAUCAGCACCUUGAAACCAGGUUUUCGAGGUCUCUCGUCGGAAUGGUUAUGUUUAACGUCGACACAAGCGAAAUAGCAAAACCCUCGGAACUCCUCGUCAGCGUUCAAGCUUACAUGAACGUUCUGCAAACGGUCGAAAACUACGUUCACAUUGAUAUAACGAGAGUGUUUAACUCGGCUUUGCUUCAGCAAACUCAUCAAAACGACAGUCACGGUGAAAAAACAAUUGCAGCCUUGUACACUCAGUGGUAUUCGGAGGUUCUCCUCAGAAGAGUAAGCGCCGGAAGCAUUUGCUUUUCUCGUAAUCAAAGAGCGUUUGUUUGUUUAACACCAGAAGGCGCGAUACCGUUCAAUGCAGAAGAAUUUUCCGAUAUAAAUGAACUUCGUGCAUUGGCAGAAUUGAUCGGGCCAUACGGAAUGAAACUUCUCAAUGAGACUCUCAUGUGGCACAUAGCUAGUCAAGUUCAAGAAUUGAAAAAACUUGUCGCCGAAAAUAAGGAUGUUUUAAUGAAACUACGAACAAACUUUGAUAAACCUGAAGUGAUGAAAGAGCAAUUUAGACAUUUGAAACACGUGGAUAACGUUCUUCAAAGGAUGACCAUUGUCGGAGUGAUACUUAGUUUUCGACAGUUGGCCCAAGAAGCAUUGGUCGAUGUUUUGGAAGAGAGAAUUCCAUUUUUACUUAGUUCCGUGCUGGACUUUCGUCAUCAUUCUCCCAGCGGGGAUCCGUUGGUAGUUAACGAAAUGGCUUCCGCUGCUGGCCUUCCCUGCAAAGUUGACCCAACAUUAGCUGCCGCUCUUCGAAAUCACAAAAGCGAAACGGACGAAGAUGAACACCUUUUGGCUUGUCUUCUCAUGGUUUUCGUAGCGGUUUCCAUUCCGAAAUUGGCCAGAAACGAAAAUUCCAUUUAUAGAGCGGAGCUGGAAGGUCACGCGAACAAUAUACACUGCAUAGCGACCGCCGUGAAUAAUAUGUUCGGUGCUCUUUUUGCGAUUACCUCUCAGCAAGACAUCGAAGAUCGAAUGAAAGAGUUUUUGGCUUUGGCAUCGUCUAGUUUACUACGAUUGGGCCAAGAGGCCGACAGGGAGGCAACAAAAAAUCGUGAGUCCGUAUAUCUUUUGUUGGAUCAAAUAGUUCAGGAAUCACCAUUCCUUACAAUGGACCUUUUAGAAUCAUGUUUUCCUUAUGCUUUAAUUAGAAACGCUUAUCAUGCUGUUUAUAAACAGGAACACUCGCAGUGUUAA